AAUGUUCAGUAGAAAUUGACAAGAAACAUUUGAAAUGGAAUAAUCAAAUGGAUAUUGUUCUUAUUGACUCACUCUUGGACCAAAUGCUCAAAGGGCAAAAAAUUGGUGGUAGUUUUACAUCAUCUGCUUAUAGAGCUGCAAGCAAUGCGGUGAGUACCAAGUUUAGUGUACAUUGUGAUUCCAGUCAUGUAAGGAAUCGGUUGAAGACUUUAAAAAGGAAUCUUGCAAUGGCUAAAGAUAUGUUAACAACUGAUAGUGGAUUUGGAUAUAAUCAUUCAACACAACUGAUUGAAGCUACAGCAGGUGUAUGGGCAGCUUACCUCAAGGCAAAGCCUAAAGCUUCUCAAUUUCGACAUGCUCCGAUUCAAAACUUUCAAAAGUUAUGUCAACUCUUCGAAAAGGAUCGAGCAACUGGGAGUCUUGCUAUAGGUCCAAAAGAAAAGCGACUUCGUUUGGCUGGGCAACAAAUUCUUUUGGAUGAUGAAAAUACUGAUCAUACUGAGUCACUCUCAGAGAAUUUUGAUGGGAUUGGAACUCAAGAUGACCAAACUGCUGAAGUAUCUUGUUCCUCUAACUCAAAGAAGAGAAAGAAUAAAUUAGGGAACACUCUGAGUAAGGAAAUAAGGUCAAUUAAGGAAGGCCUAGAUGCAGUUGCAGCAGCGCUUGAUCGUGGUAACCUUCGGAACUACACAAAUGGACAAUUAUUUGAGGAGAUUGAGAAGGUUAGUGGCAUGAGUGAUGCUUCUCGAAUGAAGAUGUAUCAAGUUCUUGCUAAAGAAGUGAGUGAUGCUCGAGCGUACCUAGAAUGCCCUAUUGAACGCCGAGGUCUUUGGUUGUUUGUUAAAUUCGGAAAUUCAAUCUUUGAUGCGUAGUACUAUUUUUCUUUCGUUGGUACUUUUUUAUUUGAAUAUUUCGGGGAUGUGGUGAAUCUAUGAAAAUAUCAUUAGGCUUGGAUUUUUUGUAUGUAGACUCUAUUAGUUGGUGGUGAGUCUAUUUCGGUAGAUGAAUCUGUUAUUCUGAUUGUGAUGCAUUACUGCAUUAUGAUACAUUGAUGUUAUGUUUUCUAUAUUGGUGGAUGAGUCUGGUGUCUUGGUUUUGA